CAAGGGCAAGUUUUGUUGUGAGUUGUGACAUCACCAACCGCUUUUAGCUUUUCUUCGUCUUUUUUUUUCGGUGGAAGCGCUUUUAGCUUUUCGAUUACCAGCAAGUUCUUCACCGAUUUCUUCUCUGCGGCACCGUGUGAGGACAGAGAGUUCCGAAAAUGGCCGAUCAGGCAGCGAGAGGGGAGGAAUUAGAGAGGAAAGCAGAGAAGAAGCUCACCAGUUGGGGCCUUUUCAGUUCCAAAUACGAAGACGCUGCUGAUUUGUUCGAUAAAGCUGCCAAUGCCUUCAAACUCGCCAAAUCAUGGGAUCAAGCUGGUGCUGUAUAUGUCAAGUUGGCCAACUGUCACCUAAAGUUGGAUAGCAAGCAUGAAGCUGCCAAUGCUUAUGCUGAUGCCGCUCAUUGCUAUAAGAAGACAAAUACUAAAGAGUCAAUCUCUUGCCUAGAGCAAGCAGUAAAUCUGUUUUUGGAUAUUGGAAGGCUUAAUAUGUCUGCAAGAUAUUACAAGGAAAUUGCCGAAUUGUAUGAACAAGAUCAAAACUUGGAGCAGGCUAUUGUGUACUAUGAAAAAGCAACUGAUCUAUUCCAAAGUGAAGACGUGACGACUUCUGCGAAUCAGUGCAAACAGAAAAUUGCACAAUUCGCUGCUCAAUUAGAACGGUAUCAAAAAGCAAUUGAGAUAUACGAAGAGAUAGCACGACAGUCUCUCAGCAAUAACCUGUUGAAGUAUGGAGUGAAAGGACAUCUCCUUAAUGCUGGCAUUUGCCAACUCUGUAAAGGCGAUGUUGUUGCAGUUACCAAUGCAUUGGAGCGAUAUCAGGAACUGGAUCCAACCUUUUCUGGGACGCGUGAGUACAAAUUGCUAGCGGAUUUGGCUGCUGCAAUUGAUGAGGAAGAUGUUGCAAGGUUCACUGAUGCUGUCAAGGAAUUUGAUAGCAUGACCCAGCUGGAUGCUUGGAAGACAACUCUUCUGCUGAGAGUGAAAGAAUCACUGAAGGCGAAAGAGUUGGAGGAGGAUGAUCUUACCUGA